AGUGGAGUCUAUUUAUGAGGUCAUAAAUAGGAAAAAGAAAAGGAAAAAGAAGAAAAAAGUGGCUAACUUCAUCUUCUUCCCAAUCCCUCGCACAGCCGCCGACCCCCUGCUCAGUACCGGCAAACCCACAACAGCGGCGGUGACCAUAGACUCCGGCGACCUGUCUUUGCGCAUCAGACGCACGCGCUCUUGCGCGUUCCCUUGCCCAAACCUUCGCAACAACGUUUCUCUCCGUUUCGACGAGUUUUGGCGUUAACCCACACUCCGAUGGCCUCGAAUCAGUUCACCCAUAACGUUUAAGGUUCACGACUGCAAGUUCGGAAGUUUUCGAACACUAACCAGCAAGAAUCGGAGCCUUUUUAAGAUCUUCGGCAUAUUUUGUUAUCGAAGUUAGAGGGAACGAAGCAAUGGUAAGGUUUAAAAACCGAUACAUGGUGCUUGAAGUUCUCUUGGAUCCCAAUAAAGACCUUAAAACAGAUGAUCCUAUUAUCAUUACUCAAUAUAAUGUUUCAAAAGCAAUCAAGGACAGUAUUCUUCUCAACUUUGGAGAAUGUGGUUUUGCUUCCUCACUUGGAUCUUUUCAAGUUAAGUAUGUAAAUCCGAUCACAAAGUUGUGUAUUAUUAGAGCCUCCAGAGAGGACUACCAAAAUGUCUGGGCUGCAAUUACUAUGGUGAGGACUAUCAGCAAUUGCCCUGUUGUAUUUAAUCUACUGGACCUAAGUGGAAAUACAAGGGCUUGCAAAAACACCGCCUUGAGGCUCGACAAAUUGAAGUUUGAGCAAUACAAGCUUAUGGUUGGACAUCGUCUACCAGAUAAUGUAAAUCUGCAAAUGCAGAACUGUCUUGAGAAGAUUGCAACUUUGGAAAGCUGAUCGUAUUGUUGGCACAUAUAUGAAGUCCAUUCCAAUAGAAAUGUUAGUUAGAUAGUUUACUUGAUACCCAGAUAUUUUUAUUCCUUGCACUCAUGCCCCGAUGUAUUUAUUUUAUUUCUUUUUAAAUGUAGUACUUGUGCAAUGAACUUUUAGAUGUAUGAGAGAAGUAUCUCAAAUUUAUAUUUAGUGAUUAUUAGAGGUAUGAAAUUCUAGUUACAUUUUGUCGAUCUCA